CUCCCUCGGCGAUCCGCGUUCUUCUUCGUCUUCUCUCACUGCUGACGGAGAUGGCGGCGGAGAGGGUCAAGGACGUGGGCAUCCUCGCCAUGGACAUCUACUUCCCGCCCAACUGCGUGCGCCAGGAAGAACUGGAAACUCAUGAUGGCGUGAGCAAAGGCAAGUACACUAUUGGGCUUGGGCAGGAUAGCAUGGCCUUUUGCACUGAAGUGGAGGAUGUCAUUUCAAUGAGCUUGACAGUGGUGAAGUCCCUCCUGGAAAAUUAUAAGAUCGAUCCAAAGUGCAUUGGACGUUUGGAAGUCGGCAGUGAAACUGUUAUAGACAAGAGCAAGUCUAUAAAGACAUGGCUGAUGCAAAUUUUCGAGGAAUGUGGUAAUACUGAUAUUGAAGGAGUUGACUCCUCAAAUGCGUGCUAUGGUGGAACAGCUGCUUUGUUUAACUGUGUUAAUUGGGUCGAGAGCAACUCAUGGGAUGGGCGUUAUGGACUCGUUGUUUGCACAGACAGCGCGGUUUAUGCUGAAGGGCCAGCUCGUCCUACUGGCGGUGCAGCUGCUAUUGCAAUGUUGAUUGGACCAAAUGCUCCUAUUUCAUUUGAAAGCAAAUAUAGAGGAUCUCAUAUGGCACAUGUUUAUGACUUCUACAAGCCUGAUCUUGCGAGUGAAUAUCCGGUGGUCGAUGGGAAGCUAUCACAGACAUGCUAUCUCGUGGCACUGGAUUCUUGCUACAAAACCUUCUGCAAAAGAUAUGAGAAGAUUGAGGGGAAGCAAUUUUCAAUUGUAGAUGCAGAUUCUUUUGUAUUCCAUUCUCCAUACAACAAGCUUGUACAGAAAAGUUUUGCUCGUUUAUACUACAAUGACUUCUUGAGAAAUUGCAGCAUUGUUGACAAAGACUCAAGAGAAAAAUUGGAACCCUUUUCGAGCCUAUCAUCUGAGGAAAGCUAUCAGAGUCGGGACCUUGAGAAGGUUUGCCAGCAAGUUGCAAAGAACCUGUAUGGUACCAAGGUUCAACCAACAACAUUGAUCCCAAAAGAACUCGGGAAUAUGUACACAGCAUCACUCUAUGCUGCUUUUGCAUCAGUUCUCCAUAACAAACAUGAUACUCUGGCGGGCCAGAGGAUUGUCAUGUUUUCUUACGGCAGCGGCAUGACGUCGACAAUGUUCUCCCUCAAAAUUAAUGAAGGCCAGCAUCCAUUCAGCCUAUCGAACAUUGCAAGCAUAAUGGAUAUUUCCAACAAAUUGCAGUCUAGGCAUAUCGUCCCACCAAAGCAGUUUGUCGAGGCGCUGAAGCUGGGCGAGCACCGCUAUGGCGCGAAGGAUUUCGUCACCAGCCAGGACACAUCCUUGCUCGUCACAGGGACCUACUAUCUCACCCAUGUCGACUCCAUGUACCGAAGGUUCUAUGCUGUGAAAGGUGCCGCCUCCUCCACCCCAGCGCUCGGCAACGCCGCGCUCGGCGGGGACCAGAACCGCGAGGCCGUCUGGGACGCGCUCUUCCCGGGGGCGCUGCGGGAGCUCGCCGGGGUCCGCGACGCGGGGGUCGUGGACCCGCUCUGCAUGGUGCUCGACACCUGCUGCUCCGGCGCGGCCGGCCGCGCGAGGCUCCGGGAGCUCUGCCAUCAGGACCUGGGGCUCCCGAUACUCGUCCAACUCGUCACUACCGCCUCACGAGUGGGGCACAAGGAAGAAUGGUUGGAGUGGCUUCUCGUCAAAAUCUGUGUUGAAGAGGAGAUGUUUGAAACCUUGUUUGCAGCCUUAGGUUCAACUGAUGGUGGUGAAUCUGGAAACGGGUUUACUGCUAAGCAUGCAUUUCUUCUGGGUACGUUGUCAAAAUGUUUGACUGAACGACCUGAAGAAGUUAUUGUCUCGAACAGUUUUGCACUUCACGUCCUGAAUGUACAGAAGUAUGCUGCUGAGACUGUGGAUUUUACUUGCCGAGGUAGCUCCUCUCUUCCGACUGGUUGCCCUGGAGUCGAUGUCCUUGGAUAUUCAUUGCUGCUCUUGAAGGACAUAUGUGCCUGGGAACCUACUUCAUCACAGAGUGAAGCUCCUGUUGACUCACUGUUGCGAACUGGUCUUGUAAAACAACUUCUAAAGUACCUACGUGAUCUUGAGCUCCCAAGUACAAUCAGAAAAGCGAUGGCAAAGGAACAAGGAGAUCAACAACCAGCCCUUGCAAGUGCAAAAGUCUGCCCAUACAACGGUUACAGGAGAGAUAUAGUCGCUAUCAUUGCCAAUUGCUUGCAUGGAAGGAAACAGGUGCAGGAUGAGGUUAGGCAGCUAGAUGGGAUUAUGUUACUAUUGCAGCAGUGCGUCAUUGAUGAAGGAAAUGCAUACUUGAGGGAGUGGGGCCUUCUAGCUGUGAAGAACUUGCUUGAAGGAAAUGAGGAAAACCAGAAGGAGGUCUCUGAACUUCAGAUGCAAGAACCAAUCUUAACUCCAGAGAUUGCAGAUAUAGGCCUAAGAGUGGAGAUCGACAAGAAAACUGGACAUCCAAAACUGGUCAAUUCCUCCUGAUGUAGAAAAGUACUUGUGAUCGGCAAUGCCUGGACAUACUAUCUGGAUGCAUGGUUAACUUUGCACAUGAAGAUGAUGCUACUAGUAUACGCGAUAUCAAGAUUUUUCACUUUGGUCCUGCUUUGUCCGAGAAGAAAACCAGGGGAAACUUCUAUGGUCAUGGUUCCUCUAGACAUCAGGGAGAGAAAUGUAAAUGUUGUGUGCUGUUGCCCCAGGGGGAAAUAGCGGUUAUAUUCUCAUUAAGUCUGCCAUCUUGAACUUUAGUGUUGGCUAUGGCUAACAGAUUCCAGUAGUCUGCCAUUUUGAACUGUUGUAGCGAGCUAUGACUACCAGAUUCAAACAUUUUGUGCAAGACACAA